GCCUUCCGCGAGCUGCUGGAGGCCUGCCGCAAUGGGGACGUGACGCGCGUGAAGCGCCUGGUGGACACGGGCAACGUCAACGCCAAGGACAUGGCGGGCCGCAAGUCCACGCCGCUCCACUUCGCCGCCGGUUUUGGAAGGAAGGAUGUUGUAGAGCACUUGCUACAGACAGGAGCCAAUGUUCAUGCUCGUGAUGAUGGAGGGCUGAUACCGCUUCACAACGCCUGUUCCUUUGGUCAUGCUGAAGUGGUUAGUCUGUUACUGUGUCAAGGGGCAGACCCAAAUGCUAGAGACAAUUGGAACUACACUCCUUUGCAUGAAGCUGCUAUCAAGGGGAAGAUAGAUGUGUGUAUUGUGCUGCUGCAGCACGGAGCUGAUCCAAACAUUCGGAACACCGAUGGGAAAUCUGCACUGGAUCUGGCAGACCCUUCAGCAAAAGCUGUGCUCACAGGUGAAUACAAGAAGGACGAACUCCUGGAAGCUGCUAGGAGUGGUAAUGAAGAAAAACUGAUGGCUUUAUUGACUCCUUUAAAUGUGAACUGCCAUGCAAGUGAUGGGCGUAAGUCCACUCCUUUACACCUAGCAGCAGGCUACAACAGAGUUCGAAUAGUCCAACUUCUGCUUCAGCACGGUGCAGAUGUGCACGCAAAGGACAAAGGUGGUCUUGUGCCUCUUCAUAAUGCAUGUUCAUAUGGACACUACGAGGUUACAGAGCUGCUGCUUAAGCAUGGCGCCUGUGUGAAUGCUAUGGACCUCUGGCAAUUUACUCCCUUGCACGAGGCUGCUUCCAAGAACCGUGUAGAGGUCUGCUCCCUCCUGCUGAGUCACGGUGCGGAUCCCACGUUAGUCAACUGCCACGGCAAGAGUGCGGUCGAUAUGGCUCCAACGCCUGAGCUAAGGGAGAGACUGACCUAUGAAUUCAAAGGACACUCUUUACUGCAAGCAGCCAGAGAGGCAGAUCUAGCCAAAGUGAAAAAGACACUUGCUUUGGAGAUCAUUAAUUUUAAGCAGCCACAGUCGCAUGAGACUGCACUGCACUGUGCUGUGGCCGCUGUGCAUCCCAAGCGGAAGCAAGUUACAGAACUAUUGCUUAGGAAAGGAGCAAAUGUUAAUGAGAAAAACAAAGAUUUCAUGACACCUUUGCAUGUUGCAGCUGAAAAAGCUCAUAAUGAUGUCAUGGAAGUUCUGCAUAAACAUGGAGCAAAGAUGAAUGCACUGGACACACUUGGUCAAACAGCGUUGCACAGGGCUGCGUUAGCAGGUCACUUGCAAACCUGCCGGCUCUUGCUGAAUUACGGCUCUGAUCCUUCCAUCAUCUCUUUACAAGGCUUCACAGCAGCACAGAUGGGAAAUGAGGCAGUGCAACAGAUUCUCAGUGAAAGUACACCUGUGCGCACAUCUGAUGUGGAUUAUCGCUUGUUAGAAGCAUCCAAAGCUGGAGACUUGGAAACUGUGAAGCAACUUUGCAGCCCUCAGAAUGUGAAUUGUAGAGAUUUGGAAGGCCGUCAUUCAACGCCACUGCACUUUGCUGCAGGAUAUAACCGUGUGUCAGUGGUGGAGUAUCUGUUGCACCAUGGGGCAGAUGUGCAUGCCAAAGAUAAAGGUGGCUUAGUACCCCUGCACAAUGCCUGUUCUUAUGGACACUACGAAGUGGCUGAACUCUUAGUGAGGCAUGGUGCUUCUGUCAACGUGGCAGACCUGUGGAAAUUCACUCCUCUGCAUGAAGCAGCAGCAAAAGGAAAAUAUGAAAUCUGCAAGCUACUUUUAAAACAUGGAGCUGAUCCAACAAAAAAGAAUCGAGAUGGGAACACUCCUCUAGAUUUGGUGAAAGAAGGAGACACAGAUAUCCAGGACUUACUGCGAGGAGACGCUGCCUUGCUAGAUGCUGCCAAGAAGGGGUGCCUGGCACGAGUGCAGAAGCUAUGUACUCAAGAAAAUAUAAAUUGCAGAGACACCCAGGGAAGAAAUUCAACACCGCUACAUCUUGCAGCUGGUUACAACAAUUUGGAAGUAGCUGAAUACCUUCUUGAGCAUGGUGCUGAUGUUAAUGCCCAGGACAAAGGAGGAUUAAUCCCCCUACACAAUGCAGCAUCCUAUGGGCAUGUGGAUAUAGCAGCGCUGUUGAUCAAGUACAAUACAUGCGUAAAUGCAACAGAUAAAUGGGCAUUCACACCAUUGCAUGAAGCUGCACAAAAAGGAAGGACACAGCUCUGUGCUCUGCUGUUAGCUCAUGGAGCAGAUCCAACCAUGAAGAAUCAAGAGGGUCAGACACCACUGGACCUGGCAACAGCUGAUGACAUCCGAGCUUUGCUGAUAGAUGCGAUGCCUCCAGAAGCUUUGCCUACAUGCUUUAAGCCUCAAGCUACUGUUGUUAGUGCCUCCCUGAUCUCACCAGCAUCUACGCCGUCCUGCCUCUCCGCUGCCAGCAGUAUAGAUAACCUCACUGGGCCGCUGGCAGAACUAGCUGUAGGAGGGGCAUCAAAUGCUGGUGAUGGAGCAGCAGGAACUGAAAGGAAGGAAGGAGAAGUUUCUGGUCUUGACAUGAACAUUACCCAGUUCCUAAAAAGCUUGGGUCUUGAACACCUUCGGGACAUCUUUGAGACAGAACAGAUAACCCUGGAUGUGUUGGCAGACAUGGGGCAUGAGGAGCUUAAAGAAAUUGGGAUCAAUGCUUACGGACACCGCCACAAAUUAAUAAAAGGUGUGGAGAGACUUCUAGGAGGGCAGCAAGGCACCAAUCCUUAUUUGACUUUCCACUGUGUGAGUCAGGGGACCAUUCUCCUUGACCUUGCUCCUGACGAUAAGGAGUAUCAGUCUGUAGAAGAGGAGAUGCAAAGUACAAUCCGGGAGCAUCGGGAUGGUGGAAAUGCUGGCGGAAUUUUCAACAGGUACAAUGUCAUCAGGAUUCAAAAGGUCGUGAACAAGAAGUUGCGGGAAAGAUUCUGUCACAGACAGAAGGAGGUCUCAGAGGAGAAUCAUAAUCAUCACAAUGAACGCAUGUUGUUUCAUGGGUCUCCUUUUAUUAAUGCUAUCAUUCACAAAGGAUUUGAUGAAAGGCAUGCAUACAUUGGAGGAAUGUUUGGAGCUGGAAUUUACUUUGCCGAGAACUCCUCAAAAAGCAACCAGUAUGUGUAUGGGAUAGGGGGAGGAACAGGCUGUCCCACGCACAAAGACAGGUCCUGUUACAUCUGCCACAGACAAAUGCUCUUCUGUAGAGUGACCCUUGGAAAAUCCUUUCUUCAGUUCAGCACAAUGAAAAUGGCUCAUGCCCCUCCAGGGCACCAUUCUGUUAUUGGCCGGCCAAGCGUGAAUGGACUUGCAUACGCUGAAUAUGUUAUCUAUAGAGGAGAACAGGCAUACCCAGAAUAUCUCAUUACAUACCAGAUUGUGAAACCAGAAGCUCCCUCACAGACAGCAACAGCAGCAGAGCAAAAGACCUAGUAGCUACAGAGCAGUGAAGAAGGAUGUGACUUCAAUCUUGGACUGGAUGGAUACAUGUUUCAGAAAAUCAGUAUCAUAUAAAAUCCUUAACAACCUGGAAAUAAGCUGUAUGUCUUUUAUAAAGCAUUGGUGUCUUGAUGAAUCCGAUAUGAGUAACUCUCGCAUACUCAACUGCUACUGUUCCUUUUGAGGAAAGUUUACAAGGGACUGCCUUUUAAUAACAUAUCUCAGGCUCCUAGUCUCUGCAGUUACUAUGUGUAAAAUAAUGUUGUUUUGAUCUAGACUUUGGGAACAUUAUUGUGCAAACGGAAAUCUUUAUCAAUGCCAUCUCACA